GUUUCUUUAGCAGCAGUUGAUGAUGGAAGGUGGCCACAACCUAAUUUCAAACAAAUCAACUUGACUUGAAGUUAAAUGGGUGGAUGAAUGGUGGGGAUCAAUUCAGGCAGGCUAUUGUAAAGCACGGCUGUGCUGAGUUUCUUAGUAGGUCUCGAAGAACGUAUCCUAAAGAGAAGUUGUGGAAUGGUCCAAUGAAUCCACCGGCAUGGUCAAACUCUUCUGUAUACUUUCAGCCUCUACCAGUUCAGGGACAAAGAAACCUGGUGUACUACUCAACUCUUCACAUAGACACGGUAAUCAGAAGAAGUUCACAAAGCAAGAAUGGGAAAGAUUUCACUCGAGAAUCAACCCAAAUAACUAUGGCAGAACUGGCAGCAACUCCAGAAUUCACUGACUGGGUCAUCGAGCGUGCAGACCGUAUAAAGCUCAUUUCAGAUGACAGUUCAGAUGAAGCAAUUGGGAGCAAAUCGAGUUCUAUAGACGAAGAAGCUGAAGAGAGCAGCAGUCAGUUUAGAUUCUUUAGUUGGAAACCAUGAAGUUCAAGAUAGCAUUAACCCGGGAAUUACACAAGAACAUGUUAAAUUAGCAUCAAAAUUUGGAAAUUUAGCAGUCAUUUGCCAAGUGCAAUCUCUGUGAGCAUUUAGCAUGACAUUUUCCAAAAAAUUAACUGACCACGUAAUGCAGAGGGUGAGACUGUUUACCAUUUGAUGUAACUUGAGUACUGUACAGACGAAGCCGGGAGAACUGCAGAAAUGGUUUUAUUUACUUUGCAAUGAAAAGUUUGUAUAUAUAUAAGAAUACACUUUUUUUAUGCUUCCAUUGUUCAUCCGUUUCAUUUAUUCUUCUUGCACUUUUGGUGGUUCUGCUUUAUUCCUUUAAUAUGUUUUGAUUGUAAUUAGUUCAUCUGCAGUAAUUCCAUUGUUUUUCAGCAUUAAUUAAUUUUGCUGAUUCAUACUCGCAAUUACUUCUGAUGAGUGCGAUUUCUUGAGUAGCAGCAAAAUAAGCAUAUUACUUGUAAAUAAAAUUUUUCUACUUUG